GACAAAGAAGACAUACCUGAAACGAUUGAGAUAGAAAAUUCUGAUGAUAUUGAAAGCUUAGAUAAUGAUCUUGAAGCAAUAGAUGUCGAUGAUACUAGAGACAACAAUACUUCGAAUUCAUCACCUAAAG